CCCUCCUUGGUGAAGCUUUCCCCUGCAAAUCUGGAAUCUUCUGAUACGGUUGAGCAGUUUUCUUCCCUUCCUAUGUAGUACCUUUCUAUCAUGCUGGUCCUUCUGUCAUCACAACCUUUGUUGUAACACCUUUUCCAUUGUUAUUGAUCUGUCCAACAGGCUGGCACCGAUGCGAUUGUAUACGCUGUCCAAACGACAUUUUGUCCUGGUCUUUGUAGUAUUCUUUGUCUGUUUUGGUUUGACAGUCUUCAUAGGAAUAGCAGGUCCUAAUGUAAUUGAAACUUCUGUAGCGAGAACUGACUUAAAUAACAGCAUAAAGCUGAAGCCUUUUAAUUUAAGUUCGCCGCCACUGUCUACUUAUAACCAACAGUUGUGGCUGACCUGUGUAGUCGAGUUGGAUCAGCAUGAUGUAUCACUCAAAAAGAACGUUACUAUGACAGUCAAAGUGCUUGGAGUGGUGAAGGAUGGAAGCACCCCCUACGUUAAUAAUCAGGUUCACAACCGGACACGGUUGCUCAAUUGUGCACAGAAAUGCAGUGAAAUCAUUGUUGCUCACCUGGGCUACCUGAACUACACUCAGUACAACAUAUUUGUUAGUUUUGAAGAUCUAAAUAAGUUAACGUAUGCAAUACAGAAUAUUACUUUCACAUGGAAGACGUACAAUCCAACAUUUUCACAAGUGGAAAUCUGGUUCCGAUUUGUCUUUGUAGUUCUCACCUUUAUGGUCACGUGUCUGUUUGCACAUUCUCUGCGAAAAUUCUCCAUGAGAGACUGGGGUAUUGAACAGAAAUGGAUGUCUAUCCUCCUUCCUCUCCUCCUGCUUUACAACGACCCAUUUUUCCCCCUUUCUUUUCUGGUGAACAGUUGGUUUCCUGGAAUGCUGGAUGACCUAUUCCAAUCACUGUUUCUGUGUGCGCUGUUAUUGUUCUGGCUUUGUGUCUACCAUGGUAUAAGAGUACAGGGAGAAAGGAAGUGCUUAACCUUCUAUCUACCCAAAUUCCUUAUUGUUGGACUAUUGUGGCUUGCCUCUGUUACGUUAGGAGUAUGGCAAACUGUUAAUGAAGUACAUGAUCCUACAUAUCAAUACAGAGUUGACACAGGUAAUUUCCAGGGAAUGAAAAUCUUCUUCCUUGUGGUGGCAACCACAUAUAUUCUCUACCUUCUGUUCCUGAUAGUGAGAGCAUGUUCAGAACUCCGUAACAUGCCUUAUGUUGAUCUCAGGUUAAAAUUCUUGACUGCAUUAACCUUCGUAGUGCUCGUCAUUAGCAUUGUUAUACUCUAUUUACGCUUCGGAGCACAAGUUCUACAGGACAACUUUGUUGCUGAGCUGUCAACUCAUUAUCAGAAUUCAGCAGAAUUCUUAUCAUUUUAUGGUUUAUUGAACUUCUAUCUCUACACAUUAGCCUUCGUCUAUUCCCCCUCAAAGAAUGCGCUGUAUGAAUCACAGUUGAAGGACAAUCCUGCUUUUUCUAUGCUGAAUGACUCAGAUGAUGAUGUGAUUUAUGGGAGUGACUAUGAAGAAAUGCCACUUCAGAAUGGCCAAGCUAUUAGAGCCAAGUUUAAAGAAGAAUCAGACAGUGACUGAUGGAGUGAUUUUGAUACAGACAGACUUGUUCAGAUGGAAUUAAAGCAGUUUUGAAGUUUUCCUAGAUGGACCACUUCCUUGGCUUACUUACAGUCUGCUGUCAUCUGAACAUGGAAUUCCAGGAAGGACAUUCUGCUUCUGUUUCUGUUUACAAAGGUAAAGCUGAAAAGAAUGCUUGAAAAGGUUGUGGUGGGAACUCAAGGAAACCAAAAUUUAUAUGAGUCUUACAAAAUGCCUGUUGGCAGGAUGUCUCUGGACUAAUAUUUAAGUCUGUGUCCAUUUUGAGGUGUCACAGGUUACAUACGGAUCUUAAAAUUGCUUCUUUGCUGCUUGGUGGCUUGUUGUUGUUUCCCCUCCCCUUAGGAUUAUGUAGAGCACAGCAUCUUAAACCUCUUGCAUUUUUUUCUAGCUCCUUUUCUGUUGUUCACUGCUGUAUGAAGUGCCUCUUUUCCCUUUCAUUUUUCUACCUUAGUCAUUUAGACUGGAGGCAGGGAUCGAUGUGCUUUAAGGUUCUUUCUUCUGCCUCUGUUUUUUUUUUUUAAUAUUAUUUCUUGGAAAUGCAGAAAAUCAAAAGCUUCCCAUUCCUCCUUCUAAGAGGUUGUAUAGACUUCAAACCGUUGUUUUAACUCCAUUUAAAUGGAUUUACCAGAUAUGUUAUAAGCGUGGGAUAUGUGCAAAUAGGUUCUAGUGAGCAAAAAUGGGCUGUGGUCCAAAGUUAUUUGUAUGAUACAGGUUUCAUAACAUGCUUUACCACCCCAGCAAAACUGUUUGUUUUGUUAUUGUUGUUGUUUUCAAUAGCCCUCUAAAUAGAAAAUAUUUAGGCAGAAGUAAACCUCCGAAGGAAGUCAGAACUUUUGUGUGUGUGUGUUCUGGAGGAGAUUGUUACGCUUAAAAGAAUACAGUAUAAAGUUCCACUUCAUAUUUCCAAACAUUUCAUUGUAGAUGCUUUUUCUACAUCAGACUUUUUCAUGAAGUUGUAUUUAUUGGCAGUUCUUAUGCUUUCUGGGAAUAAUUACAGGUGCUUAUGCCUUGAAGUUGCUUAACAGCUUUUGAGCACGUUCUGUGCAUAGCUCAACUUCUCUGUCAUACCACAGUUGCCAGCAGUACUGCUUGAAAUUUUCACCCAUAUAUUUUAUGAUUCUUUAUUCCAGUAUGUGCUGGAACAGUUAUAUAGGAAUGCAGUAUUCCUCAUACAAUGAUGCUGCUUCUCUUUUUAAAAGCUGUUUUUCUUCCACACUACUGCUCAGCUCUAUAUUUAUCUGGAUGCUGUUUGUUUCCAACUACUUCUGAAUUUUCAAAGACUUGACCAGUCUCUUCUUUUUUUAAGAAAUAGAUUCAUAACUGUAAUGUACUUUUGUAACAUUUCUCUGCCCUGCUGCUGUGGAAAAGAUGUAUUAGGCAGAAAAUGGUGCUGGCUUACACUAGUAAAUCAUGCUUACGACAGACCCAGUCUAAGCAGAGCAGUGCAAUGAAGUUGUACUAAACUUAUGAAUCACAUGGGGGGGCAUAGAUUUAUUCAGCAUUUCUACAGCUGGUUUAGGUUAUUGCAGCACAAUAACCUCCCUGUAGCUGUUCAAGAGCAUUAAGGGGAGACUGGGAGACUUCACAAAGUAACACUUUACUUACAGAUGAUCAAAGGAGCUGCUUCAGGUGGUUGCAAAUACAAAAUAGUGCAGAUUUAAAUCUGCGCUCCGUUAGAGACACUCUGUUAGCGUGGUAAGACUUUGUGUGUCUGUAUAAUGUGUAAUUUUUGAGGAUAUUUGGAAUUUACAGAGUUGUGUACCGUUACUGUUUGUUAGAAGCCAAAGCACUAUUGUGUGGCUAAAGCAAGGAAACAAAGUGAGAGGGGGGCUGGGAAGAAGGCGGGGGAGAGAGAGAGACAGAUUUUAAUUUUCUUGUUAGUUGGUGUCCAUUUAGAAGAACAUACAGGGAAACAUUACAGAGUUUUUUGGUUUUUUGGGGGGUUUUUUGUUAGUGAACUCUAGGAAGCCAUAUUUUCAGCAUUUUCUUUUAGAAUUUUUUAACAAGUAUAGGGGGUGAGGUUUUUAACCUAAAAGAGAUGAGCCCAAUCUUAUUUUUAUUAUCCUCUAUGUGAUUUUCUUGGGGCUUACAGUUGUUUGAAUUUGCACAGUUAGACUCCAAAGCCAACUGGACAUUUGUUGUGUACCCCAGGUCCCUUCCACUUGCACUGGAGUGAGUACAGGAAUUAGGUUUUCAAAAAUUCAGAUCCUUGCCUAUUCAAAUCUCUUUGACUGUCAUAUUGUUUAAUUCUGUUGUUCCAAAUUGACAAAAUACUUGAUUUGACAAAUGUGCAAAGUGUACUGUUUCUUAUCACAGUCUGAGCUGGUUGUUAUAGUCAAACCUGAAGUAGAGUGUCAUGCUUUAGAUUUCAUUGCCUAAAAAUAUUUUAAAUCUAAUUUGGAAAAUGUGGUAUUCUUUCAAAGCUGUUCUCAGCCUGUUUCACUUGCCACUGUAUACCUUAAAUUUCCCACAUGACUACAUUUGAAAUGAAAAUAGGAAAGCUGAGAUAGCAAAAUAGGUGCUUCAAGUUAAGUGUCCCACUACAGAAGUAAUUUAAUUUCUUUAGAGAUUGUCUUAAGCAGUGUUUGCCAUAUAAAAUAGUUCAGUAUUUCAGAAGUGCUAGAGUGUAAUAGUAAGCUUGACUGGAGAACUGUCAUAGCAAAGACUGUUCAUAAGUGAAAAAGUGAAGCAGAUCUGCUAGCAAGAUGUCUCAGCUUCACUCUCCUUAUCGGAGAUAGUAUUUGAGGAAUAUUACAAUCUGGAUUGCAAACAGCUUGGGAGUAGGUGGCAUAAAUUCAUCACCAAGUAGUGUACUGUAACCUAAGGAUAAAACAGAAGACAUCUGGAUAAGAAGCUAUGUUAGGCUUUCUUUUUGUUAAAAAUACUUCAAUAUUUCAUGCCCUUCUGGAGCUUGGAAAAUAAGGAGAUAGCACAGAUGUAGCACUGCUGCUCUCUAGGAGAUGCUUGCUAGUAAACAACUGCAAGACUUCCAUGUCCAUUGUGAUUAAGAUGGGACUUUCAGGGAAUCAGAUAUAGUUGAGUAUGAACCCGUUCACAGCAGUUGUUUUCUGAAGCGUGUGCUUUAGAUGGAGUUGGUGUUAGGAGUGGUUGGAAACUGUCCUGGGACCGGCAAAGAAUAAGUAGCAUAAAGUUCAACAUGAGUAAGGAAUUCCAGGAGACCUAUGGAGCUAAUUUGGUUAAAAAAAAAAGUAAUGAAGGAUGUUUUAAGCUAGAAAAGACUUCAAUCUAUCUCUGAGCCAAAAGACAACUUUGUAUUCAGUCACCUAGUUUUUGCCCACUUCCUUUUGCAUAUGCCAGUAAGAAACUUUGCAUUACUGUAAAUUUUUUCAGAGGUUUGUAAAUAUGUAAAAUGAAGCUAAAAUAUGGAGUAUUUGUGUACCAAAAUGGUAUAAAAUGUGUAAGAUAAAUGCUCUGUUUAAUAAGAAGCUGUAAAUUAAAUGCUGCUUUGACAAAGCGUGCAUGGGGACAUGUUAAAUAUUGUGUUUAGGGGUUGUAUUAAGGACAGCAAAUUAUCUGUUAUGUCGGAAAGCUUCAUUCUAGUCUUAAGUACAAACCAAAAAAUACCACUUCAAGCAAAAGUUGAGUAUUGAGUUUCUUGGAAGACUUCAUGUGCAUAGUCAUUGUUAAAUAUGUUCAUAAUAAAGUUUUAUAUCUUUA